AUAGUAGUGGAUUUUGGUGUAAGUUUAAUGGGUUGUGUAAUAGUAGUAGUGGUUAUCGCGACAACCCUAAAAGAUAUGGAAUUUUGGCCAAACAAUGUGCAGAUUUAUCAACUUCUGAUACGGUUUUGUAUGAUAAUCAUAACGAAUCCAAUCCAAUUCAGUUUUCAAAACUAUCAGACGAAAAGCUUGAGGAACUAAAAUCAUUUAUUAGUCCACCGGCUACGGAGCGUGAAAGGCCCAAUUAUGCUUCAAGAAGAACUUAUUCAUCUUCUUCUAUUGCUUCCAUUUUGAAUCAGCAGUAA